UGAUUCAGAAACAAUGGAUCUCGAACCCAUCUGGCCCUAUAUGUUGGUCUUGAGAUGCUCAAACUCGUCGUCCCCCUUCACUCUGUUCACACCAUCUUUAGAUCAUUCCCUGAAUAGGAAGGAGCCCUUGCCAUGGCUGCUUCCACUCCACUUGCCACUCUCUCUACCUCUCAGGUAUAUUGUGCUAAACUUGGUGCAACACGAGCACCGGAAUCGGUAGUGUUGAAAGCAAGCAGCCUCGGUAGCUCGAAGAAAAGAUUUGCGAAGAUCGUAUGCCAGGCGGCGACUGAAAUUCCGGCUGGGGAGUCGCCGGAGUUGAGCAAACGCCAAUUUCUGAUGAAUUUAGUUCUUCUUGGCGCGGUAUCAUUGCCGGCCGGCGGAGUGUUGGUCCAUCCUGCCUCUGCGGCACUGCCACCUGAUGCAUCGGUUGCGAGGGAUGAUUCGGGGAAGGAAAUCAUAGCAGCUGAGUGGAUCAAGACACACGACGCUGGUGACAGAACGAUAACUGAAGGAUUGGAUGGGGAACCAACGUACUUAAUUCUGGACAAUGACAAAACACUGGCCAAGUUUGCAAUCAAUGCAAUCUGCACCCACCUUGGAUGCAUCGUGCCAUGGGAGGAAAGCGAGAACAAGUUCAUGUGCCCUUGCCAUGGCUCUCAAUAUGACAGCCAAGGCAAGGUUGUUCAGGGACCUGCUCCUCAGUCCCUGAGACUUGCCCACGUUGAACUUAUUGACGACAAAGUGGUCUUCGUCCCAUGGGUUGAAACAGACUUCAGGACAGGUGAAGAGCCGUGGUGGGUUUGAUAAAUAAGCAUUACUUAGUUUAGAAGUUAAUCUUUUCUCAAGAUUUGUUCAUGACAAGUAGUGCAGCCAGUGCUUCUACCUCUUGUAAUGUGCUGCGCGUUCAUAUAUGUGGAGGAAAAUGUACGUAGAACAUGUUCGUCUGUGGUGUAUACAUUACUCUCCAGGACUUCAAUAUUAUUCUUUAGCAUGGUUGGCUGGAAA